GCCUACUUGAAGCAUCCGGGAACCUCGCCAUAGUAGUAGACAUGGCGGGUAUCAACCUGGCUAAAUGACGAAAUAAAUUUUGUUUGGUAAUAUAAGAUCGUGUUAAUUUCGUAGAAAAAGUGUUGAUACUAAAAGACUAAUUAAGUUAUAUUGGAUUAGGACAAAGAUGCAGAAUGUUGGACAGUCUGAAAACCGAAAUAUCGAUAAGGUGAAUGUGCAACUUGAUGUGGUAAAAUCGUCCACUCCUCAAAGUUCGGCUUCGAGUCCGGCCAAAUCUGAAACCGAAACGUAUUCAGGAGCGCCUGCCAAAUACAUGACGGACUCUUCGGAAAGCGAGGAUGACUCUGUGUCCGAGACGGAGAUGGAAGAAGAAGGUGGUGGUGCAGAGCCAUCCAAGUUCCUGCUGUCCCACGAUGACCCGGAGCGGGCAGUUGACCCAGAGAUGGAGGCACGUCUCGAGGCUCUGCUCCAAGCAGCUGGCAUCGGCAAGCUAUCUGGCGAGGGCAAGCACCUCGCCGACCCGGAGGUGCUUCGCCGGCUGACGUCGUCGGUGUCGUGCGCGCUCGACGAGGCGGCCGCGGCCCUCACGCGCAUGCGCAGCGACCAACCACCACCGCACCAUCGGCACCACCACCAGGACAAAAAUCAACAAUGCGGGUCGAGUGCAACGGGAACCACGCCGACCGUGGCGACGUCGGUGGGCGCGGACGGGGCGCCGUCGCUGGCGGAGGCGUGCUCGGACGGCGACGUGGGGACCGUGCGGAAGCUGCUGACUGAGGGCCGCUCUGUGCACGAGACCACAGAGGAGGGCGAGUCGCUGCUCUCGCUCGCAUGCUCCGCGGGAUACUACGAGCUCGCUCAAGUGCUGCUAGCCAUGCACGCGAGUGUAGAGGACCGCGGCAUCAAGGGCGACUGCACACCCCUGAUGGAGGCGGCGAGCGCGGGUCACGUGGACAUCGUCCGGCUGCUGAUCGCGCACCACGCGGACGUGAACGCAGUGUCCGGGUCGGGCAACACGCCGCUCAUGUACGCGUGCGCGGGCGGGCACGAGGAGUGCGUCCGCGCGCUGCUCGAGAGCGGCGCCAAUGUUGAGGACCACAACGAGAAUGGACACACGCCGCUCAUGGAGGCAGCAUCAGCAGGUCACGUAGGCGUGGCAAAGAUCCUUCUAGAACACGGCGCUGGCAUCAACACGCACUCGAACGAGUUCAAGGAGUCUGCCCUAACCCUCGCCUGCUACAAGGGCCACCUCGACAUGGUGCGGUUCCUGUUGGCGGCGGGCGCCGACCGCGAACACAAGACCGAUGAGAUGCAUACAGCGUUGAUGGAGGCUAGCAUGGACGGACAUGUCGAAGUGGCCAGGUUGCUGCUCGAUUCUGGCGCCCAGGUUAACAUGCCGACGGACAGUUUCGAAUCACCGCUGACGCUAGCGGCUUGCGGCGGCCAUGUUGAAUUAGCAAUGUUGCUGCUGGAACGAGGGGCUAACAUCGAGGAGGUCAACGAUGAAGGUUACACGCCGCUUAUGGAGGCCGCUAGAGAAGGUCACGAGGAAAUGGUGGCACUCCUGCUGGGUCAGGGCGCCUCCAUCAACGCGCAGACGGAAGAGACGCAAGAGACUGCGCUGACGCUGGCGUGCUGCGGCGGCUUCCUCGAGGUGGCCGACUUCCUCAUCAAGGCUGGCGCUGAUGCUGAGCUGGGCGCCUCCACGCCUCUCAUGGAAGCCUCGCAGGAGGGACACCUUGAACUCGUGCGCUACCUGCUAAACGCGGGCGCGGACGUGAACGCCCAGACGCAAACGGGUGAUACAGCCCUGACGUACGCCUGCGAGAACGGGCACACGGACGUGGCGGACCUGCUGCUGCGAGCCGGCGCCGAGCUGGAGCACGAGAGCGAGGGCGGCCGCACUCCGCUCAUGAAGGCCUGUCGCGCCGGACACGUGUGCACCGUGCAGUUCCUCGUCGGGAAGGGCGCAGACGUGAACCGCAUGACAGCUCUAGGCGACCAUACUCCCCUCUCCUUAGCCUGCGCGGGCGGCCACGUGGACGUGGUGAAGUUCCUCCUGGCUUGCGACGCCGACCCCUUCCGCAAGCUCAAGGACAACUCCACCAUGCUCAUCGAAGCCGCUAAGGGCGGACAUACCGCCGUUGUGCAGCUGCUGUUGGAUUACCCUCACUCCGUCAUGUUGCCACGAGGCGUGGCUGGAGCGGAGGAGGCGCACGGGCUGAGCGCGGCGCAGGCGGCGGCGCUGGGGCUGAGCCACGCGGCGGCGCCGGGCGGCGCGCGCGCGCUGCUGCCGGCGCACGCGCACGCGGCGCUGCACCACCCGCCGCACCACCACCAGGCGCCGCAGGACCUGCCCACCAAGUUCUCCAAGGUCUACCUCGAUGAGCGCGGCGUAGCGGGUCGCAAGAAGGCAGGCGGCGGCGCGAACACGGGCGCUGUGUGCGCGCCGGCCGACGCCAACAAGCACAAGUGCACGCGCAAGCAGCGCGUCGCGCCGCCGCACUCCGACCACCACCUGCCGCCGCCGCCCGACAUACUCGACGACAACCGGGACCCGCGCGACUGCCUGCCCGAGGCCGACCGCAGCCUGCUCGACUUGCCCGACCCUGCAGGUCCGCCGACGCUCGCCACGUCGGCACUGCACGCCUUGGACCUUCAGUUCUGCGCUCAAGGUGUCACAACCAUCCACCCUCCCACUACUCCGCCGUACCCGCCUCCGCAGCAGUUGUUCCCAGUGCAGCAACUUGCUACCAACCUUAACCAGCACCAACUGCAGGAAUUGCAGCAACAGCAAUUCCAGCAGCUAGCGGCUCAGCAGCAGCAACAACAGCAACAGCAGCAGCAGCAACAGAAAAAGCAGCAGCAACAACAACAACAACAACAACAACAGCAGCAGCAGCAGCAACAACAACAACAAGCGCAGCAGCAGCAGCAGUUGUAUGUCCAAGAGUUGCAGCAGAGGCCUGAAGCUUUUGCGGCACAGCUGGUGGAAGGCGGCGCGGGCGAGGAUGGCGCGGGCGCGGGCGGCGGCGUGGAGGCGCGGGAGCUGGGCGCCGUGCUGGCCUACCUGCAGCGCGAGGUGCCGUCGCUCGUCGCGCUGCCGCCCAACGAACUGCGCUCGCUCGUACUGCAGGUGAUGCAGCAGAAGUCGCACGAGAUCCUGUCGUCGAAGUGCGCGGAGGCGGAGGCGGGGCGCGGCGCGGACGGCGAGGGCCACGAGCGCCACGCGCGCCGCCUGCUGGAGGAGGCGCUCACCGCCGACUGGCCGCGCCAGGACCACCACCACCACCACCACCAUCACCACCACCACGUCGACGUCACUGCCAGUAACGGAUGCCAGUUCCGGGUUCGUCCAUCUUCGCCUUCGGGCAACCUGGAGAGCGGCAUCAUCCUGACGCGAGCCGACAACGACAUCCUGACACUGCCGCAGUCGUCCGCGCAGGCGCCGCCGCCGCAGCAGCAGCAGCAGCAGGAAAUACAGCCGCUGUUCGCACUGCCGCCGCCUACGUUGCCCUAUGAAGAAUAUGGUGUUACUUCAAGGUCGGCAACGUUCGCUCCCCCGCACGCGGGCACGGCGGCCGCGGCGGCACCCGCAGCUCCACUGGCGCCGCAACCCCACUCCAAACGCGAACAACCUCACCACCACAAUAAUGCCUCCGUCGCCGCCAAGAAAAAGGGUCGGUUCGCGGGCACGGGCCGCGGCUGCCGGUCGGGCGAGGCGUACGGCACGGCCACUCCCCCCGCGCCCGCGCCCGCCGCCUACUGCGCCAUGGACGUGGACGGCGAGACCGACUCCAACCACGACACUGCGCUCACGCUCGCCUGCGCCGGCGGACACGAGGACCUCGUGGAGUUGCUGCUCAGUCGCGGCGCUGAUAUCGAGCAUCGGGACAAGAAGGGUUUCACCCCGCUAAUCCUAGCGGCGACUGCCGGCCACGAGAAAAUCGUGGAGAUCCUUCUGAACCACGGCGCGGACAUCGAGGCGCAGUCGGAGCGCACGAAGGACACUCCGCUGUCGCUGGCCUGCAGCGGCGGCCGCUACGAGGUCGUGGAGCUCAUCCUCAGCCGCGGCGCCAACAAGGAGCACCGCAACGUGUCCGACUACACCCCCCUCUCGCUCGCCGCCAGCGGCGGCUACGUCAAUAUCAUCAGGCUGCUGCUCACACAUCAGGCUGAAAUCAACUCCCGCACCGGUUCGAAACUGGGCAUCUCCCCCCUCAUGCUGGCCGCUAUGAACGGUCACACGGCGGCCGUCCGGCUGCUGCUGGACUGCGGCUCCGAUAUCAACGCGCAGAUCGAGACCAACCGCAAUACCGCGCUUACCCUCGCCUGCUUCCAAGGUCGGCACGAAGUUGUGAGCUUACUACUCGACCGCAAAGCGAACGUGGAGCAUCGCGCGAAGACCGGCCUCACUCCCCUCAUGGAGGCAGCGAGCGGCGGCUACGUGGAAGUGGGCCGGGUCUUGCUGGACAAGGGCGCGGACGUCAAUGCUCCGCCCGUGCCCUCGUCCCGGGACACCGCGCUCACCAUUGCCGCCGAUAAAGGACACACCAAGUUUGUCGAGCUGCUGCUGCAGAGGCGAGCGGCGGUGGAAGUGAAAAAUAAAAAAGGCAACUCUCCCCUAUGGCUGGCAGCCAACGGCGGACACCUCGCAGUGGUCGAGAUGUUGUACGCCGCCGGCGCAGACAUUGACUCACAAGACAAUAGAAAAGUAUCAUGCCUAAUGGCCGCCUUCCGUAAGGGCCACACUAAAGUGGUCAAAUGGAUGGUCGGCGUAGUUACGCAAUUCCCCUCAGACCAGGAAAUGACAAGGUACAUAUGUACAAUCUCGGACAAGGAGCUGCUGGAGAAGUGCCAGGAGUGCGUGCGCGUGAUCCGCGCCGCCAAGGAGACGCAGGCGGCCCGCGCCAACCAGAACGCCACCAUCCUGCUGGAGGAGCUCGACGCCGAGCGCUGCCGCGAGGAGUCCCGCCGCCAGGCCGCCGCCCGGCGCCGCGAGAGGAAGAAGAAGAAGAAGUUGGAGAAGAAGUCUUGCAUGCAGGAGGAGCGGCGCAAGCUGCAGGCGGAGAACGACAAGAACUCGCUGUACUGCGACAAGGCGCUCGGCGACUGCUCCGAGGGCGGCGAGCCCGACGACGAGCCGGCGGCCAAGGAGGAGGGCGACUCGGGGAUCGAUGCUAACUCACAGGUGAGUGUGAACGACAACAACUCGCUGUACUGCGACAAGGCGCUCGGCGACUGCUCCGAGGGCGGCGAGCCCGACGACGAGCCGGCGGCCAAGGAGGAGGGCGACUCGGGGAUCGAUGCUAACUCACAGGUGAGUGUGAACGACAACAACUCGCUGUACUGCGACAAGGCGCUCGGCGACUGCUCCGAGGGCGGCGAGCCCGACGACGAGCCGGCGGCCAAGGAGGAGGGCGACUCGGGGAUCGAUGCUAACUCACAGGUGAGUGUGAACGACAACAACUCGCUGUACUGCGACAAGGCGCUCGGCGACUGCUCCGAGGGCGGCGAGCCCGACGACGAGCCGGCGGCCAAGGAGGAGGGCGACUCGGGGAUCGAUGCUAACUCACAGGUGAGUGUGAACGACAACAACUCGCUGUACUGCGACAAGGCGCUCGGCGACUGCUCCGAGGGCGGCGAGCCCGACGACGAGCCGGCGGCCAAGGAGGAGGGCGACUCGGGGAUCGAUGCUAACUCACAGGUGAGUGUGAACGACAACAACUCGCUGUACUGCGACAAGGCGCUCGGCGACUGCUCCGAGGGCGGCGAGCCCGACGACGAGCCGGCGGCCAAGGAGGAGGGCGACUCGGGGAUCGAUGCUAACUCACAGGUGAGUGUGAACGACAACAACUCGCUGUACUGCGACAAGGCGCUCGGCGACUGCUCCGAGGGCGGCGAGCCCGACGACGAGCCGGCGGCCAAGGAGGAGGGCGACUCGGGGAUCGAUGCUAACUCACAGGUGAGUGUGAACGACAACAACUCGCUGUACUGCGACAAGGCGCUCGGCGACUGCUCCGAGGGCGGCGAGCCCGACGACGAGCCGGCGGCCAAGGAGGAGGGCGACUCGGGGAUCGAUGCUAACUCACAGGUGAGUGUGAACGACAACAACUCGCUGUACUGCGACAAGGCGCUCGGCGACUGCUCCGAGGGCGGCGAGCCCGACGACGAGCCGGCGGCCAAGGAGGAGGGCGACUCGGGGAUCGAUGCUAACUCACAGGUGAGUGUGAACGACAACAACUCGCUGUACUGCGACAAGGCGCUCGGCGACUGCUCCGAGGGCGGCGAGCCCGACGACGAGCCGGCGGCCAAGGAGGAGGGCGACUCGGGGAUCGAUGCUAACUCACAGGGUUCAUGUUCGUCGUCGGACGUGAAGGCUCCGCCCGUGCAGACGAGCAAGUCUAAAAAGAAGAAGAAAGACGAGAAGGCAGCCGCACCCCCUCCGCCCGCACCUCCCGCCAAGAAACAACCUGAUAAAAGCAAACCCAAAAUAGAGACUAAACUGGAGAAGGAACCCACUCCCAAGCCGGACAAGAAGCAAGAGAAAGAGAACGUGGCGCCGAGCUCCCCGCCCGCCACGCCCGCCAAGCCCGCGCCGCCGCCCGAGAGACGGCCCGCUGAGAAGAAAGACAAAAAACCCGAAGAGGAUAACCCUAAGAGCAUUACAGUACAGAAUGUUAACAAAUACGGGAAUAACUCUAGAAAGAGUCAAGUUUUCGAAUCCACUAGGCACAAUGUGGAUAAAGACGAUGUUGACACAAGUGACAAAAAUAAAAAGACGCACAACACGCAUCAAUGGGAGACAGAAGGCAAGAGUACGUCUCCUAAGGGCGGCUGCGUGGGUGGCCGACGUGAAGAGGGAUGGAAGGAGGUCGUGCGUAAAUCUAGUGUGCAGACCCUCUCUACUGUUGAACCUGGCUGCAAGAAAGUGUCGGUAGCUUCGCACGCGAUCUCGCGAGUGAUCGGCCGCGCGGGCAGCAACAUCAACGCCAUCCGCUCCGCCACCGGCGCCCACAUCGAGGUCGACAAGCAGAGCAAGGGCCAGGGCGAGAGGAUCAUUACUAUCAAGGGCUCAGCCGAAGCUACAAAGCAAGCGGGCAUGCUGAUCGCAGCUAUGAUCCGCGACCCGGAAGCGGACAUCGUGCAACUAUUACCGCGCGCGGUCACCAAGCCGCCGCCGCAACCUCUGCCGUUGCAACCUAAGACACCUAAACAACCACCGCCUAAGCAGCAGGCAGGAGCCAGCAGCAGCAGCAGCAGCUCUGCCAGCAGCCGCACGACGCCCACGGCGCGGGCGCCGCCCAAGCAGCACGUGCGCCCCGCGCCGCCCAGGCUGCAGCCGCACACAUCAACAGCAGAAAAGCGCGCCCCCACAUCGACGAGCGUCAGUUUGACCGUGAACAGCGGCGUCAAGACCAGCGCUGCGCUCUCGUACACGGGCGCCAUCGUCGGAGCCCGGCCUCACACCUUCGCCGCCAAGCUCACUGCGGCCCCCGCCGCCCCCGCCGCCCCCGCCCCGGCGCCGCCUGUGCAGCCGCCGCCGGAGGCUAAGCCCAGACCGGCGCCACAGCAGUCAGCCCCCAGCAGCAGCCCCGGCUCGUCGUCGCAGCCUGGCGCGGCGUCGCCGCAGAAGGCUCGCGAGGCGUCGCCGCCGCCGCCCGCGGCACCCGCACCACACAAACACGAAGAAACUGAGAAACAGCACCGUUUGCCUGACCGCACUGUGCAGCUAAGCCCAGAUAACUCAAGCUCCUGGAGUGCAAAUGAGGAGAAUACGCCGAACACCUCCUCAGCGCUACAUAUUAAUACCACCCCACAGCAGCAGUCUCACAGCCGCGCGGGCGGGCAGGAGUACUCGCUGUUCAAGGACCUGUCGGCCGGCGCCGCCGCCGUCUGGGGAGCGUCUGGUGACGCCACGCACAACGUCGACCCGCCGCCGCCGCAGGUUGACGCCAGCAAGGCGCCAGGAUACCGCGGCGCAGGUGGCGGCGCGGGCGCAGGCGGCGGCUGCUCGCCGUGCUCGCGCACGUCGUCGCACGGCAGCACGCCGCCGCCCGCCUACGCGCCCGCGCUGCACCAGCCCGUGCAGCCCUACCACCAGCCCAUGCCUCUCGGCAACAACGUCAACACAAUGGACAUGAGCGGGCUCUCCCGGAAUGGACCUAUCUACCAAGACAACUCUCGGAAUGGACACAACAUGAUGCAGCAGGUGUCGAUCUCGAGCGGCGUGAACAUGUCUGGCGCAGCGCUGGGGCUGGGCUACGUGGGCGUGGAGAGCGUGUCGCGCCUCAACCCGCGCGCGCCCGACUUCGCGCAGCGACACCCGCUCAUGCAGCAGAAGCACAACGCACAGUUGUUCGCGGGCGCAAGCAACGCGGGCAACCUGAGCGCGCUGCUGAUGUCGUACCAGCAGCAGCCUAUGAACCAGUCACCCAAACCUAUGCAGCAUACACCGCAGCAACAACACCAUGCCUACCAGUCGCUGCUGGAGCGCGGCGUGGGCGGGGUGGGCGGCUGGGGCGGCGGCGAGGACGAGGAGCGCAAGCCGCGCCCCAUCGGCACCGAGCGCGCCUGGAAGCUCACCGCCGCCGACGACUGGCCGCACGCGCAUCUGCACCACCCGCACCACGCCGACCACGACCGCUACCAGGGCGUGAGCGGCAUGGGCCACGUGUCGCACGGCAUGGAGAGCGGCGCGUACGGCGGCGUGGGCGCGGGCGGCGCCACGGCGGCGGCGCUGUCGCUGAUGCACGCGCUGCCGCUGCACUACCUGCCGGGCGCCGAGCCGCAGCACUGGGAGCCGCCGCCGCACCAGCCCGACAAACAGGUACCGCGCGUGCCGCCGCGCCGCUACUGAGCGCCAGCCCCCACUCACGCACUGUCUGUCGCAGGCCUGGACCAAGUGGACUCACUAGAGCCGCCGCCGCCGCCGCGCCGCCGCGUCCGCCGAGGCCCCACACGAUUAUAUAUAAUUGUAAUCCUUGGAAACGGUGUAGAUAUUAGUGAGAAAGAAUUAUAUUAUACAGAUUAUCUAUAUACAUAAUAGAGAAGAUGUCCUAUCGAGAAGAGAACUACUUAUACUGUACGAUCGACUGAAGUGAGCAUUAAACGAUUCAUUAUAAUGAAACUCGUGAGGGGAGUCGGAUGUAGUUUUAUUUGUUACUGCCGGUCGCGACGUUACGUUUAGACGAAUUAUAGUUAUGUUAUAGUCGGCGUCGCCGUUUCAUCUGAUGUAGAUAUACGCGUAAACGAAUGUAAUAGUAGGUAGCUUGGAAUGUGAUUCCGAAGUGCCGCUGAGUGUUUUGAGUUGCCUUGCGUGCGGUCGCCGCCCGCCGUCUAUUAUACAUAUUUUACACUAUAUUAUGGCAUAAUGCGAUAUUAAUUUCGAUGAUUAGUACGCUCGUAAAUCGAGGCGGAAUAUUAAACAUGUAUUAAUAAAUUUGCUUGUACAUGAAGAUUAAAUAUCGAUAUAUUGAUGCACUGUA